AUGUCGGACCCAGAAGACGAGCGAACGGCGCUCCUCAGUGCCCAGCACAAGGCCUCCACGUCGGGGGAAACGUUGACGGACCCAGAAACACCUGUUGAAUCACCUCCAGCCAAACGUGCACGCAGCGUGACGGAACUGCUCUUCUACUUGGUUCUCAGUCUCGCAGGUGUUGCACUCUUGGUCCUAUUUAUCAAGGGAUUCAUUGAUGGGGGCGAUAGCGAUUUCGACUUGAAGAAGGCUUUGAAGAAGGCACUCGGGGGCGGUCUAAGUGGUGCUGCUGCUAUGGUUCUACAAGUAUUGACGCUCAUGCCUCUACGCACGGUGAUGAAUUACCAAUACCGCUACGGAACAACCACGACCGCAGCUAUCAACACACUUUACCAUGAUGGCGGCUGGACACGGUACUACCAGGGCCUCAGCGCCGCACUCAUCCAAGGACCCGUCGCCCGAUUCGGGGACACGGCCGCAAACGCCGGGAUUCUCGCGCUCUUGAACUCCAACUCGUACAUGAAGAACCUGCCGUCGCUGGUCAAGACGGGAUUCGCGUCCAUUGCUGCUGCUGCGUUCAGGAUGAUUCUGACUCCCAUCGACACGAUCAAGACGACCCUGCAGACGCAAGGCAGACCGGGGAUGCAGAUACUCAGGAACAGAAUCAAAACAUACGGAAUCGGGACCAUGUGGUACGGCGCGUUCGCAACGGCCGCAGCCACGUUCGUUGGGUAUUAUCCAUGGUUCGGGACGUACAACUAUCUGAACUCGCACCUCGCUGAGUACGACACGGUGAUCAAGACGCUUCUGCGGCAGGCAUUCAUCGGGUUCUGCGCGUCCGUGACGUCCGACACGAUCUCGAAUUCGCUGCGGGUGGUCAAGACGUACAGGCAGGUGAACGAGGCGCGGAUCGGGUAUCUGGAUGCGGCGAAGGCGGUGAUCGCGAGCGAUGGGAUUAAGGGCUUGUUUGGACGCGGGUUGAAGACGAGGAUACUGACAAAUGGGCUACAGGGGCUUAUGUUUUCGGUGCUAUGGAAGCUGUUCAUGGAUUUAUGGGACGAGAAGACGAAGACGGGGUGA